AUGUUACGAAGCUGUCUAGGUCGACUUCUCUGCUACACCAUUCUCAGUGAGCGUCACUCACUCAUUCCACCGGCCUCUAUCACAUCUGCAAAGUUCCUGCAUGCUCUCUUGGGUGCCGCAUGCCCCGCCCCAUCCGCCCUAUCUGAGGGUACAUGUGCACAGCCCCUAAUAUUGCAGAGCGACUCUCCCUUGCCUCGUCGCAAAGUCCCUGGCGCUCAGUUGUUGUCAUCGUCAAUGGGCGACUAA